AUGUCUUCUUCAGCCCGUGUGACGGGCGCGCCAGAGCUGGACGCCUCGAUCCUCUCGCUCCCUUUCCGGCCUCUCCCUGAGGGCGAUGCCACCUGUACUAUCUCACCUAUCAUCAACAGCUUCGUAACGCUCCAAGAGCCUAUCGUGCUCUACCCCAGCCCGAAUCCGCAAGCCUCCUUCCGCGCACCAAGCUUCGUCUUCCACAUCGUGCACAAACCGACAGGAAAGAGCUUGCUGUACGAUCUCGGGAUUAGGUGGGACUUCGAGACUGCGUUUAGCGAGGACUACGUGAAGGUACUCCAUGAUCUGUGGCAUACGAAGAUUGUAGACGAUGUUGGGAAGAUAUUGGAGAAGGGAGGUGUGGACCCCGCUAAGGUGCAUGCAUUGCUCCACGAACACUGGGAUCACACGGGUUACAUAGCGCCAUUUACUACUGCUGAGCUAGUAGGGGGGCCGCAAACCUUCGCAGCCGAAGCAAACCUGUCAGAGCAAGUCAAAGCCUCAGGCAAAACGCCUCGUAUCGUCGACUUUUCCGGGCCCUCGAUCCAGCCCGUGGGUGCUUUUGAACGCGCUUUCGACUACUUUGGAGACGGCUCGCUCUGGCUCAUCCAUACUCCCGGGCAUACUCAGGACCAUAUGUCUGCGCUUGUGCGCGUUAGCUCCGCUCCGGACGCGCAGUGGGUUCUUGUUGGGGGCGAUACGGCACACCAUCCAUGCCUGCUUUGCACGCACGCGAACCACGCACAGUAUCAGCUCAAAGCUACGUUCCGCAAUCCCUUGGCGGAGGCCGACGCGCCGGAGGUCAAGAUGCACUUCGAUGCGGAUCUGGCGAGGGACAGUAUCAAGCGCACGAAGCGGAUGGAGGCGGAGGAUAAUAUCAUGUGUGUCAUGGCGCAUGAGUAUGGGUAUUGGAAGUAUUGGAGGGGGAACGAGGAGGUCAUGUUCCCUGGUUUGGGACUGAGCGAGUGGAAGAAGAGGGGACUGAAGGGGACCAGGGUGUAUGAUGUGACGGAAUACGAGGAGUGAGCUGGAGACGGGUUCCAGAUCUAUUCUGAAAUUUC